GCUGUUUUCAGUUGUGGCCCGAGGCCAUAUGCAUUAAAGUUGAUGGGAAUCAAAUCAAGGAUUUGGAUCUUUUUAAGUUUUUAUCAAGGCUUGGUCAAAGUUAUUACCUUUACUCAGAAAACUUAAGAUAUGCUAAAUCUUGAGUAUCUUACACAGAGCGUCAUUUCUGGGAGGAGAGUCUGCAUUUACAGGUGGCAUAAACCAUUUCUGGGAAAUUGGCAGGGAGUUAUAAAUUCAUCCUCAAUCCAUGAAUUACACUGAGGAAUAUUUCUUGGGAAGUCACAGGUCCUUGAACAAAGUACAGUGCCCUGUGUUGGGUGCUCUUCAAUUCGAGCUGACAGCUGCAGAUGUAUGGCUUGAUCAGAGGAGUCAGUGGUGUGCUCCCUCAGCCACUGUCUGGUAAAUCCUGUUACAGUUCUGGAUGGAAGUGUCAGGGUAGCACCUACUGAUCCUGCUGCAGCUUCCUCCCCAUCUCUGGGAAUGCCAGAUUUGGAUAUAUGGAUCCUUUUUACACUGUGUCCUGUUCCCUCCUAACUUGCAAACCAGCAAGACAGAGAAUGUGAAGGGAUUAAUUGCCCUGUGUUUUUUAUUUGGUAGCCAAAUCCUCUAAAUAUACAGAUUGAUUUUCAUCAAGUCCUAGGUAACUGCUGAAAGAAUGAGAACUGCUGUGCCUGUUCUCAGUUUUCAUCAGUCUUGGAAUAAAAAAGAAGGAAUGUUCAGCUCUGUCUUCUGCUGUGGAUGGUGCUAUAGUUUCCACUGUUUUCAGAACUUCUGUAGGUGAAAUAAAUGGCUGUUGUAAUGUGUCUUAUAAAUCUCAUGUCUUUCAGGCCUCUAAAAUGGUGAAAAGAAAAGUGGGUGCUUUCAACUGAUUGUAGAAAGAUAAAUGUUGUGACUAGUUGACAUAAAAUUAAGGAAGAAUCCUCCAACACAUUUCCAGUAACUUUUGGGAUUUUUACUACAUCAGUCCUUGUAGUAAAACUUACUCAGGAAGUACAUAUGAACGUGAAAAAGAGAACCUGUUAAUUUUGGCCCAGUUUGUUCGCUCCCCAAAAGCUAAAUUAAUAACUUAAAACUGGGUUGAAAAAGUUACAGUCUGCUAAUUUAGCUGUAACGCUUUGGAUGUGUUUCUUCAUGUUCUAGCAUUAAGGAUGCCUCUUUUGGUUCCUAAAAUCAGUAUUACAGCCGUGCAGCAAACAUCAGCUUCUAGUGAAGGAUAGAGCACGGGCUGUAAAACUCAGCAGCAGAUGAAUCCCAAGGAAGUUACUCCCUCCUACACUUGCUUGUGGCAAGGAACUGUUGCUGAUGGUAGAUGUGAAAGUUUGAGUAUGAGCACAGUUGAAGAAGAGUCUGACACAGUGACAGUAGAAACCGUGAACUCUGUGACUUUGACUCAGGAUACUGAAGGGAACCUAAUUCUUCAUUGCCCUCAAAAUGAAGCUGAUGAAGUAGACUCUGAAGACAGCUCUGAACCUCCUCACAAGAGGCUUUGCUUAUCAGAGGAUGAUCAAAGCCUUGAUGAUUCUACUCCGUGCAUUUCUGUUGUUGCAGUUCCAAUUUCAGAAAAUGAUCAGAGCUUUGAGGUGACCAUGACUGCUACCACUGAGGUAGCUGAAGAUGAGAUUAAUGAAGGAACAGUUACCCAGAUUCAGAUCCUUCAGAAUGAACAGUUGGAUGAAAUCUCCCCAAUGGGCAAUGAAGAAGUAUCAGCUGUUAGUCAAGCCUGGUUCACAACCAAAGAGGAUAAGGAUUCUCUAACCAAUAAAGGCCAUAAAUGGAAACAAGGGAUGUGGUCAAAGGAAGAAAUUGACAUUUUGAUGAGUAACAUUGAACGUUAUUUAAAGGCCCGUGGAAUAAAAGAUGCCACUGAAAUUAUAUUUGAAAUGUCAAAAGAUGAAAGAAAAGAUUUCUACAGGACAAUAGCUUGGGGUCUGAAUCGGCCUCUCUUUGCUGUCUAUAGAAGAGUUCUUCGCAUGUAUGAUGACAGAAACCAUGUUGGAAAGUACACUCCUGAGGAAAUUGAAAAACUUAAAGAGCUGAGAGUGAAGCACGGUAAUGAUUGGGCCACAAUAGGAGCUGCCCUGGGGAGAAGUGCUUCAUCUGUAAAGGAUCGAUGUAGGCUGAUGAAGGAUACCUGCAACACAGGAAAGUGGACAGAGAAAGAAGAAAAAAGACUGGCAGAAGUAGUGCACGAGCUGACAAGCACAGAGCCAGGUGACAUUGUCACACAAGGUGUGUCAUGGGCUGCUGUGGCAGAACGGGUCGGGACGCGCUCGGAGAAGCAGUGCCGCUCUAAAUGGCUCAACUAUCUCAACUGGAAACAAAGUGGGGGCACCGAGUGGACUAAGGAGGAUGAAAUAAAUCUGAUCUUGAGGAUAGCGGAACUUGAAGUUUCUGAUGAAAAUGACAUCAACUGGGAUUUACUGGCUGAAGGAUGGAGUAGUGUCCGCUCCCCACAGUGGCUUCGGAGUAAAUGGUGGACCAUUAAAAGACAGAUUGCAAACCACAAAGAUGUUUCAUUCCCUGUGCUGAUAAAGGGUCUCAAACAGCUCCACGAGAACCAAAAAAACAAUCCAGGGCACCAGCUUCCAGAGAACAAAUGUGGCAGUGGCUUAGCAAGCAGUAACUCCAGCCCAGGGGUGCAGCACGUGCAGAUCCGGGUGGCUCGCUUGGAGGAGAGCACGGGCAGUGCCCCUAGCCCCAUGGCAGCUCUGCAGAUCCCAGUGCAGAUCACCCAUGUCUCCUCAACCGAUUCCCCUGCUGCUACUGUUGACUCUGAGACAAUAACACUGAACAGUGGAACACUACAGACCUUUGAGAUUCUUCCAUCUUUCCACCUGCAGCCGACUGGGACACCAGGUACCUAUUUACUGCAGACAAGCUCGAGCCAAGGCCUCCCUUUAACCCUGGCAACGAGUCCCACCAUGACCCUGGCGGCUGCGGCAGCUCCGGCCUCCCCGGAGCAGAUCAUCGUUCACGCCUUAUCUCCAGAGCAUUUGUUAAACACAAGUGACAACGUCACAGUGCAGUGCCACACGCCGAGUGUGAUAAUCCGCACCGUUGCUGCCGAAGACAUCUCCUCCUCUGUCACCCAGACAGAACUGACUGUGGAUUCAGACAUUCAGUCAGCUGACCUGACAGAUCCUCCAGACACCCUAGGAACAAAUACUUUCCCACAUGAUAUCCAUCAGUCCAAGCUGAGUGACGAAGAGCAGUCAGCCUACAACGAAGAUGAUGCUUCCAAAUUUAGCAGCAGGAAUAGUAGAGAACUGAUGGAUGGAGUUAUGGUAAGAACUGAGGAGGAGAUUGCUGAUGCUAGCCUGAAACAGAAUGAGGAUUCUCACUCUGAUUUACCCAACACUUACGUUACUGAGGACCUGGGUUCCCCAACAAUAGAAGAACAAGUUGAUCAGCCUACAAUAGACGAUGAGACUGUGCUUAUUGUUCCUUCUUCCCAUGGUUUUAUCCAGGCAACAGAUGAUAUAGAUAGUGAAUCAGUCCUGCCCUUGACAACUCUCACAGAUCCUAUCUUACAACAUCAUGGAGAUGGGUCACACAUUAUUGGCUCAUCGUUGGGCAGUCCUGACUCGGAAGAUUCAAAGGAUGUUGAGGACUUAGUGAGCUGUCACUGAGAAGCAGCAAUGGUGUCUAUUUUCUAUUGACCAUGUUUGCAUUGUGAAAUUAGUUACAACUCUGUGCCACAUUUCCAAAGAAAGCAGUCACGGUCUGUCUCUUUGAACAGGAGCUUCCAGUGUGAAAUGACUCCGGUGCACUUUCUCUGCUCAGGCUCUUUCCCUCAUCCAGGAGGGAGGACUGAGCCGCCAGCCAAGGCCUGAGGUGCCACAUCUCACUGGGGUGUUCCAGAAGGGCCUCUGGUGCAUUGCUCACAGUGCUCAGACCCAUCCAGUCACUUCUGAUCUGACUUGUUACUGAUGUGCUGAACUGCACACAUGGAAAACUGGACAGAAGUCAAAGAUUGUGGACUGUAGCCUCUUAGUGCCGCAGCAAGUAUUAGUUUGCACAGGUUUCAUGAAGAAUGGGUGAUUUUUGCACUUACUGACUCUUGUAAUACAUGGAGUAAGAGACUGUUACAUUUCAGGAAGGAGUGAGUUCCAUCAAAGACUUCAGGGAGCAUGGGCAGCAUCAUGAAGCAGUGGUGUGAAUUCCCAUCUCACCUGACUCGUUAGUAUGUCUGUGGCACAGGAAGAAGGCAGAAGCCUAUGGGACUUGCCUGCUCUGCUUGUUCCUGAGAAGUCCAUUGCUGGCAAUGGACAGAGCUCAGAAAGAUCAUUUGUGGAAAAUCUUUUCCUGUUUUGUUUUGUUUUUUUUUUUUUUUUCUUUUCUCUCAUCACUACAGCAAGCUGAACAAAAAGGGAAGGGCUAUGAGAAAGGGAAGCUACUGGGACCCACCGGCCUCCCCCCACAAGCUUGGAAUUUCAAGAUUGUUGUGAGUAGAUUGGAACAUUUGUCUCUCGCUGUUUACCUGACACUACCAACCACCUCUCCAGAUGUGAUUUCUGCAGCAAGUUAAUCAAUGGGAAUGGUGUGAAGGUGGCAAAGUCUUGGAGGAAUAGCUCUGUGAGAGUCUGGACAUAGGGCCCUGAGGCAAAGGAAGCCAAUUAAUUCCUACGUUGUUUGAAACAGACACUAGGCUGAACAGCAGCCUGUUAGCUAGGAAUCAAGAGAAAAAGCUAUAGAAACUAAAGACUUGUAUAAAUUAUUUUAUUUAUUUCUGUAAUUAGCUCUUCAUAAUCAAGAGUUGGUCUUUUUCAGUCUGUGGUUUUGUUAAUGUGAAAAAUAAGUUGUAGUUUUAAAUGGUUGCCUAGGGAACAGAAAUAAUUGUAUAUUCAGUUUCAACAAAAUAAAGAGUAUUUGUCUUA